UCUUCUUCCUCUUUGGCGUUCCGGAUCUCUUCUCCUCCUUCCUUCCUCGGCCGAUCUCUUCCCUUCUCCCAUAUGUUGACCUGCAUUUCCUGCCCUAAGCAGUUUGACCGAGGCCGAGCGCCGUUCUACGACUCCGACGACGAUGACGCCGUCAAUGAAAUCAGUCCUCAAAUUAAGGAUAUGACUUUCGGAGCGACGGAGCAUGGACGGCGCCGACACUAUCAAGGAUCCAGAUUCAUCAAAUCGGAGGCAGUGUCGACGCCGAGAACUGCGGCGGCGAAGUGGCGAGAGAUGGAGGCGCGGAUGCGGUGGCUCUCCAUCGGCGAGAGGACGCCUUCGGUCAGCGGCCGGACGGAGGCUUCGUCGGCGUUUCUUGAGGACGGAGAGGACGAGGAACCCAAGGAGUGGGUGUCCCAGGUUGAGCCCGGGAUACUGAUCACCUUCCUCUCGCUUCCACAAGGCGGUAACUAUGUCAGAAAGAUCAGAUUCAGGUUGUGAGACAUUGAAUUGUCUUCAUGAGCUGGAGAUUCCUCUUUGACUUGGGGAAUCAUGGGAAGUGGCACUCACGUCUAAUUGUAGUAUGUGGGUCUUGCCAGUUGCCACAAGAUCUUGAUGAUUCAUUUUACCUGAACCUGAUUGUAGGUUGCUUGGAGAAACAUUGUGUGCUUUAUGUUGAAUCUUUCUAGAGAAUAAAAAUAUAUAAACACUGAGCUUUUGAAACAAGUGUUUAGUCAUUCAUAUGGUC